AUGAUGUUCACAGCUGUUCUUGAGACCCUUGCCGUGUCACUCCUUGCCAUUUCGGCUCAGGCUUCGCCUCUUCCAGGCCACUUGCACCACCAGCAUAAGAGAUCUGACUCCGAGAGCACUUUGGGUAUUACUUACUCUCCUUACGAGGAUAACGGAGACUGCAAGUCGACUUCCGAGGUUGCCUCGGACUUGGCCAAGUUGUCCAGCUACAAGCUUAUCAGAUUGUAUGGCGUGGACUGCAACCAGGUUGCAAAUGUGCUCCAGGCCAAGGCUGAUGGCCAGAAGUUCUUCCUUGGCAUCUACGACAUGUCGGAUAUCGCCGGUGCUGUUGAGACUAUUGCCGAGGCUGUGAAGCAGUACGCCUCCUGGGAUGAUGUCUACACCGUGUCUGUUGGUAACGAGCUUGUUAACAGUGGUGAGGCCACCGUUUCCCAGAUUGCUGAGUACAUAAAGACUGCCAGAGCUGCACUUAAGGCUGCCGGAUAUACCGGACCUGUUGUUUCCGUCGACACGCACGUUGCCAUUCUCAACAAUCCAGGCCUUUGCGACUUGUCCGACUACAUCGCCUUCAAUGCACAUGCUUACUGGGAUGGAAACGUUCUUCCUGAAAAUGCCGGUGAGUGGUUGCUUGGCAACAUCGAGGCAGUUUCGUCUUGUUGCGGCGGUAAGAAGACGCUCUGUGCGGAGUCCGGAUGGCCUACCCAGGGUCAGGAUAACGGAAUCUGCGUUCCUUCCAAGGAGAACCAGGAAUCCGCAAUGAGCUCUAUUUCUGAGGCUUGUGGCAAUGACACCAUUGGUUUCACCGCCUUCAACGACUUGUGGAAGAACCCUGGUUCCAAGGGUGUCGAGCAGUACUGGGGAAUGCUAUGA